AUGGAAUCCACAGCCAUUGAUACACAAACGAAUGGAUUUCCUCAGUUGAAGAGAAAAAAGUUAACAUUGAAAGAACCUCCAAUAAAUCCAUCGAUACCAAUUGUAAUAUUAUCAGAUGAUGGGGAGGAGGAGGAAAAAAGCUCAAAAAGUGCUAUUACACCAAUUUAUAUAGAUUUAGAAGAGCAAAGUGAAGAAUUUGAAAAAGAAUAUAAUAAAUUAAAAAAAGAACAAAAACAAGAAAAUUUAAAAUUAUCUUCUUCUUCUUCUUCUUCUUCUUCUUCUUCUAAUAAUAAUAAUAAUAAUAAUAAUAAUAGAGAUAACACAAUUAAAGAUAAAAAAGAUAAAAAAGAUAAAAAAGAUAAAAAAGAUAAAAAAGAUAAAAAAGAAAAAGAAAAAGAAAAAGAUAAAAAAGAAAAAAAAGAUAAAAAAGAAAAAGAUAAAAAAGAAAAAAAAGAUAAAAAAGAUAAAAAAGAUAAAAAAGAUAAGAAUGCAGAAGAAAAUAAAGAACUAGAACAAGCAAAACCUAUUGAAACGCCAGAGGAUAUUUUAAAAUCAUUCAUUGGGUAUGAUGAAAAAGAGAAUAUUGAAGAUGAUGAUAUAUUUAUGUUACGUGCUGCUUUAGGUGAAUUUGAGGAAAAAGAGACAAUAAAAGAAGAAAUCAUUAAUAGUGUAAGACAAUCAACAAGUUCUGUUAUAAAAUCAACUGAAAAAGAGGAAGAUUCUUUAAAAAUAAAUGUAAAAUACGGAAAUGAUAAUAAUAAUAAUAAUAAGAGAAAAAGACAAUCAGUUACAACAAGUAGAUAUUAUAUGGAAGAGUCUAUCAAAUGUGAAAGAUGUGGUGAUCAUGAUCAUUUUAGUUUUGAAUGUCCACAUGAUAUAGAAGAGAAACCUUGCUUUAGAUGUGGUGAGUUUGGACAUCAAAUAGCUUCAUGUUCAGUUUACGUUUGUUUUAGAUGUGGUUUACAUGGUCACUAUCCAAGACAAUGUUUACCAAAAUAUCAAAAGUAUUUCAAUGAAAUUGAUUCGUCAGAGCAUGAAUUAGGUAAUUUAUAUGAUGGAGAAUAUGAUGAUGAUCAUUCACUAAGGGAAAAACAUAGUAGAAUGCAUCAACGUAUGAGAUUUAAAGAGAAAGAGGUUAAAAAUUCUGAUCGUUCAAAUAGAGGUAGAGAUAGAGGAAGAGAUAGAGAUAGAGAAAGAGAUAGAGAUAAUGAUGGUUAUAGAGAUAAUUAUAAUAAUAAUAAUAGAUAUGAUAGAAAUGAUAGAUAUGAUAGAAAUGAUAGAUAUGAUAGAUAUGAUAGAUACGAUAGAUAUGAUAAAGAUGGUUUUCCAAAAGAUAUUGACCAUAGUAAUAAUAAUGGUCAAUAUAAUCAAGAUUAUCAUAGAUAUGAUAGAAAUGAAAGAUUCAAUUAUAAUAGUAAUAGAUACAAUAGUACAAAUAUAAAUAAUAGAUUCGAUGGAAAAUAUAAUAAAAAUAAUAGAUAUAAUAAUAAUAAUAAUAACUACAAUAAUAAUAAUUCAUAUAAUGAUUACAGCAAUUAUAAUCAUAAAAAUAAUAAGGACUUUGGUAAAUACCAAGAUGGUUCAGAUGAUUACAAUGAUGAUGAUCAAAAUGAUUAUAGAGUAAAAGAUAGUUAUUCAAGAAAAUCAAAAAAACAAAAAACAUCUCAUAAUAAUAAUAAUAAUAAUAAUAAUAAUGAUAAUAAUAGUAGUAAUAACAACAAAAACAAUAGCAAUAACAGUAACAAAGAAUCAUCUGAAGAAAAAAACGAUAAAAAGAAAAAAAAAAAGAAUAAAAAAGGUAAUCAAGAGAAGGAAAAAGAAAAGGAUAAAAAAGAUAAAAAUCACAAAACAAGAGAAAGAGAUAGAGAAAAAGAUAAUGAUAUAGACUCAAUGGUCGAUUUGGAUAAAGUUAAAAAUAAUAAUAAUAAUAAAAAUAAAAAUAAUAAUAAAAAUAAUAAUAAUAAUAAUAAUAAUAAUAAUAAUAAUAAUAAUAAUAAUAAUAAUAAUAAAAUUAUAACAAGAAAAAGAGAAAGGGAUAACGAAAAUAAUGAUGGUGCGGUUAAUAAUAGUAACAAAAUUAUAACGAGAAGAAGAGAGAGGGAUAACGAAAAUAAUGAUAGUGUCAUUAAUAGUAAUAAAAAUAAUAGUAAUAAAAUUGCAACAAGAAGAAGAGAAAGAGAUAAUGAAAAUGAUGAUAGUGUCAUAUUUUUGAAAGAAUCUAAUCCAAAUGAUAAAACCAAUAACAGAGAUAGCAAUUAUCAACAUUACCAAAAGAAAUAUAAAGUUGAGGACUUUAGAAGUUAUGAUGGCGAUUAUUAA